UGCCUACGGCCCACUGAGCUUUUCCCAUCUCUUGCUGCGUUUCAAAAGGUGAACGUGCCGAAAACCCGCAGGACUUACUGCAAGAAGUGCAAGAAGCACCAGCCUCACAAAGUGACCCAGUACAAGAAGGGCAAAGACUCUCUCUAUGCUCAGGGUAAAAGGAGGUACGACAGGAAGCAGAGCGGUUAUGGUGGACAAACGAAGCCUAUCUUCCGGAAGAAGGCAAAGACCACAAAAAAGAUUGUUUUGAGACUGGAGUGUGUAGAGCCCAACUGUAGGUCCAAGAGAAUGCUGGCCAUCAAAAGAUGCAAACACUUUGAGCUUGGAGGAGACAAGAAGAGAAAGGGCCAGGUUAUCCAGUUCUAAAAAGCUUUGAGUUUUUUAUAUGGAUUAACUUGUCACUGCCAAUAAAAAGUUGAUACAUA